UUUCUUGGCCUAUCUUUUGUCUCCACCUUUAUAUGUACCGAUCUCCCCUUCGCGAUUCAGCCCAUUCACUCAAAAGAUCAAACUUUUCGUAUCUCAUCUCCACUGCAGGCCUCGCCAUGUCUCCAACACUCGAGAGCGCCGCCGGCGAUCGGGCCGCCGUCGCGGCGAACUCUACAUCACCUCGAUCUCCCCCCCUCAGCGCAGCCGAAGUAUCCUCGAUCCUCUCCCAGCUUGCCUCCGACACCCACCGCAGCGACCCCGUCCGGUGUCGGAAGUCGGCGGCAAGGAUUCGGGCUCUGGCAACCGAGAGCGACAGGAACAGGCGACGUCUUGCGAACUCCGGCGCCGCCUGCGUUCUUGCCGCCGCCUUCCGGACUUGCGCCGCCGGCUGCGCCGCCUCCUUAGACAUCCUCUCGGAGAUCCUCUCGGCGCUGGUCCUCGUUUACCGCAUCGACGAUGAGGAGAUUUUCUGUGAAAUCGGAUCGCCGGAAUCACUCGAUGCGAUCGUAUCGAUUCUCAAGUCAGGGGAUAUGUCCGGGAAGCUCAGUGCUGUUUUGGUAUUGAAACAGAUAGUUUCCUUCGACGGCGACCUCGCGAGGGCGGCGGCGAGAAUGGACGGCCUCAUCGAAACAUUGCUGAAGCUGAUUACUGAUCCGAUUUCUCCGAAAGGCAAAAAGGCCGCUCAAUUGGCUGCUUUUCAUCUGGCCUCCUGUUCCGAAGAAUGGAUGGAAGCGACGUUUGUGAGGAUGGGGGUUGUUUCUUUGGUUCUUGAGUCUCUUGUGGACUCGGAAUCGGAGAAGAGAGUCGGCGAGGCGGCGCUUUCUGCGCUUGAUAGGCUCUGCGGCUGUGAAUUGGGGAGGGAAAAGGCGUACGGGAAUGCGCUUACGGUCCCUGUGCUCGUGAAGAAAAUUUUUGGGUUUUCUGAUCUUGCAACUGAUCUGGCUUUAUCUUCACUGUGGAAGCUCUGUAAGAAUUGGGAAGGGGAGAAAGAAGAAGGCAGAGAAGGUGGGUGUGUGGUGGAAGCUCUCCAAGUUGGGAUUUUUAUGAAGUUAUUGAUGUUGCUUCAGGUGGAGUGCAGAGAAGGGGUUAAGGAGAGGGCAACAGAGUUGCUGAGGUUUCUGAACGGUUAUGAAAAGGGGUUGGGAUGUAUAGACAGCAAAGACUUCAGAGGGCUGCGGCGGCCUGUUUAAAUGAGCUUCCUUUAAGCUGUUUGAGGUGUUUGUACAGAGAUGAUGAAUUUGUUUUCUUGUAUGCUAAUGAUAGGCUUUGAUUAUGAUCCAUUAUGUUUAUUUUUGAUGCGUUGUAUCCAUAUCUCAUGGACUAUUUGCAUUAUUGCUUCAGUUAAUUGAAUUUAUUCAGUUUUUUUUUU